UAGCAACUCAGGAAGGGUGCGCUGCCUCUGGAUGACCUGGAGCUGACCAAGCCUCGCACUAUAAAAGGGAACUAACACUCAGCUUCACAUGUCUUUUGUCAACUCUUGUUUCUGUUUUGGAGACACUUGGUGGGCAAAUCCUUGGACACCAUGCCGACUGAACUGGAAUGCUCCUUGAACUCACUCAUUGAUGUCUACCACAAGUACUCCCUGAUCAAAGGGAAUUACCAUGCUAUCUACAAGGAUGACCUGAAGAAAUUGCUCGUUAAUGAGUGUCCUCACUACAUAAAGAUAAAAGAUGCAGACUCCUGGUUCAAAGAAUUGGACAUCAACCUGGAUGGGGCAAUUAACUUCCAGGAGUACCUCAUAUUUGUGAUAAAGGUGGGCCUGGCAGCUCACGAGGACAGCCACAAAGAGUAGUGGAGCUAUUGCGUUUGGGGCUGGGCACCCAGACAUGUAUCUGCAGAGUAAUAAAGUCAUCAAUACCUCA